AUGGCAACCGUAGAUGAUAUGAUUGAGAUUUCAGAGAUCAGUGACGCCGCAAUAGCCGCAAAUCUCAGGGGGAGACUCAAUAACGAAAGCAUUUACACCAAUAUCGGACGAGUGUUGAUAUCUGUUAAUCCGUUUAAAGAGAUUCCGUUGUAUGGGAUGGGCGCUGUUGAACUAUACGCGGGAAAACAGCUAGGGCCCAAAGCUCCACACAUUUACGAAGUAGCAAACAAUAUGUUUAUAAACAUGAUGAUCGAAGGAGAAAGUCAAUGUGUAAUCAUAAGUGGCGAAAGUGGAGCAGGCAAGACAGUAUCGGCCAAACACGUGAUGAACUUCUUAGCUAAAGUAUCUGGCGAAGGGUCUUAUCAAGUGGAACACGUUAAGGAUACCAUAUUACAAUCCAAUCCAUUGCUAGAAGCAUUUGGAAAUGCAAAGACAGUGAUGAAUAAUAACUCCAGUAGAUUUGGUAAAUUUAUGGAGAUCCAAUAUAACGAUAAAGGUCAGCCCGAUGGAGGAAAGAUAUCUACGUUUCUAUUAGAAAAGUCUCGAGUUGUCUCGCUUGCCGAAGGAGAGCGCAACUAUCAUAUAUUUUACCAGUUACUUGCUGGAUGUACCCCGGAAGAGAUGGAUGAGUUAUCGCUUCACCUUGAGACCCCUGACAAAUACCGCUAUCUGAACACGACUGGUGUUUACACCAUACCAGGCACAGAUGAUGUCGGCGAUUAUGCAACAACAAUGAAUGCAAUGCAGGUGGUUGGAAUAACCGGCAAUGUUAGGAACUCUAUUCUCAAGGUCGUUGCUGCGAUACUUCAUCUCGGAAACAUCGACUUUAUCGAAGUCGAUAAUGUAGCUAUUCCAGCUAGCGAUACUUCACUGGACAUUCCCUCUGAUCUGUUGGGUGUGGAGAAAGCCAUCUUGCAAGAUAAACUAACAAGCUAUAACAUGGAGUCACGUUGGGGAGGAGCCACAGAAAUCACCAAGAAAACCUUCAACAGAGAUCAGGCAAAAGCUGCACUCGAUUCACUUUCCAAGGCAUUAUACUUUCAACUAUUUGAAUAUCUUGUCGAGGCUGUAAACAGGACAAUGGAAAAAACCGAACAGAUGUUCUUCAUUGGAGUUCUCGAUAUUUACGGUUUUGAGUCGUUCAAGAAAAAUAGCUUUGAACAGUUUUCAAUCAACUACGUGAAUGAAAAGCUCCAAAACUUGUUCAUUGAUUUUACUUUGAAGACAGAACAGGAAGAAUACGCCAAAGAGGGCAUCACGUGGUCUGAUGUCAGCUACUUCAAUAACGAGGAAGUCUGUCAGCUGAUAGAGAGCAGGCGACCUCCUGGAGUCAUGAGUAUUCUAGAUGACGUCUGUAGUACAAUGCAUGCUGUAACUGAAGGAUCUGCUCACACAUUAAUGGAAAAACUUCGAGCGGUCAUCGGAUCCAAUAAUACGUACGUCAAAUAUUUCCAAGCUCAAUCAAAACAUUUUGCCAUAAACCACUAUGCAGGAAAGGUUGUUUACGAAUCAGACGGAUUUUGUGAGAAAAACAAAGAUGUAGUUUCAAAUGAUUUGGUUUGUCUCAUGCAGUCAAGUCAAGAUUUUCUUGUCAAAGCUUUGUUUCCUGAUGCGAUAUAUGGUGUCAGCGGUGAUAGAGGUGCUGGUGGAAGGAAAGCAAAGUCGAAUACAGCGAGUGCAAAAAUCAGGACUCAGGCAAAUGCACUGGUUGAGAAGAUUCGUACAUGCACACCACAUUACGUACGCUGCAUCAAACCCUCAGAAUCUAAAAUACCAUUGGAUUGGGACAACAGCAAGGUUUUACACCAAGUUCGUUACCUUGGUCUGGUAGAGAAUAUUGAAGUACGUCGAGCAGGAUUUGCAAUUCGGCGUGAAUUUGAUCGCAUCAUUCAGAGAUAUCGAGUGUUUGACCAAUUGGCAGUCAGAAGUUGUGGAGAUGACCAAGUAAAGGCUUGUAAGAUUAUAAUGCAGGCAGGCAAUUUGGAUUUGACGAAAUAUCAAAUUGGAAAAACCAAAUUGUUUAUGAAGGAAUCUAAAAUGAUCGAUCAACUGGAAGAAGCUCGGACACCUUUGUUAACACGUUGUGCUUUGAUAAUACAAGCUCAUUAUCGCGGCUAUGAAGCAAGGAAGGCCUACAAUAUUCUUAAACGACAGCGUCGAGCUGCAAUACUGAUUCAACGAUUUUAUCGACAUACAAAAAGAGGAAGAGAAAAAGCGAGACAGAAGCUCAUUCGUGAAAAGCUCCAAGAAAAAGACAUGCUACAACAAAUCCCCAAGUUCGUCGAUAAUAUACCUGAUGAUAUCAAGAUCAAAGACGGAGACCAUCUACAUGUCAUAGAAAGCAGUUACCUUUGUAACGCAAUAGGUAAUGUACUGGUCGAGUUUUCUGGGAAAGUGAUAAAAUACUCGAAAAAAUGCAUGGGGCAAGAAAGGUUCCUUAUCCUGUCGACCAGUUGCUUGUUUAUUGUUGGCGCCAACAAAAAGGCAGUUUCGUUGGAUUCAUUGUACAAGCUCAAGAGAAAAUUAAGAAUGCACGACCUAAAAAGCGUAUCAACAAGUCCUUACGAGGAUCGCUUCAUGGUUUUGCACACACAGGAAUACGACACUAUCUUAGAGACACAACAUCUGCCUGAGAUUCUCUCUCGGCUUGCUGCAAUCUAUGAACUGGAAACCGAAAUGACUUUAGAUAUAAACGUCCUGCAAAGAACUGAAGCAAAAAUGAAGAACGGUACCAUACGCCAAGUGGUGUUCAAUGAAACAGGCACAUCUAAGAUUGUUCUUUCGCUGUCAAUGAAUAAUAUUAACAUCAGCCCUACGACUGAAACAACUUUAGAAGCGAAUAUCCAAGAACGAUACUCGAAGCAAAGCCUAGAACGAUUCGAGUUACAAAUGCAGCAAAACUACAAGCAAGAUCAUGUACAUAUUGGUCCAUCAAGGUCCAAGAUACAUCACCGCAGUAGCAAGAUUGACGUAUUUGACGGCUAUGAGGAACUGAUUUCUGGAACGUUCACGUCAUACGGUGGAGAGGUCUCAUCGAGGGGAAUAAGGAUCAAAGUCCCUGCAAAUGCUAUUAAGAAAAACAUACAGUCAAUCACGAUAUUGGUGAGCGAAGCACGUCAUCAGAAAAUCAUCAAACCAGAUCCAGAGAGUGUCCUGAGUGAUUUGGUUGUGAUUUCGUCUAGAACACAGCAAUUCAAAAGUCCAAUUGAGGUCAUCAUUCCUCUCACAAGGAAACCACAAAACUACAAAGACAUACGUAAAUACGCACGAUGGACAGACACGUUACCAAAUGAAGAACCGGAAUGGACUGACAUGAAGCAAGCGAAAGGAAAACCUGGACUGUACACUGUGGUAUUUGAAUAUAAUUGCGCGCGGUUUCAAACCGUUUCUUGUGGAAUGGUCUACUUGGCGGUAAAAUGCAACGACAACGAUUUAGAAAUAACGAGCUCUGAAGGUUAUAUCGAGAAAGAUGGAACAGAACCACGCAAAGGGGAGAGAAAGUCUUACUCUACCAAUCUGAGUCCCUACGAUACCGAAGAAACAUAUUUUCAUAGAAGCAACAAAAAGAAAAAAGGGAUUUUGAAGACCAUCAGGUCAAGUUUUAGACACGCUUUCCAUUCUAAAAAGAAAAAGGUUAACAAAAAAGGCAGUGACGAUAAAGACUCUGACCAUACCUACGAGUCCUUUACUGAAUACAGUGACUCAGAAGCGAGCGGGUCUCACUUAUUGAGCACAGACAGAACAGAAGAAACAGAAAGUGUAGAUGGGCCCCGUGAAGAUGAAACCAAAAGACCCCCAAGGUCACCUCCACCAAGAGCACUACAAUCUCGCCCGGCGCCUCCUUCACCACCUGUCGCGGUGGCACCAACUGGUAAUAAUUCUCGUGCAACAAAAGCACCAACAGUAAUAAGGCCGAAAGUAAAGCCACCAAUUCCUACAAAACCGAAUCCAAAAUCUUAUCCUCCGAGGCCACCACCACCACGACCCCCACUUACUACUUCUAUUCCUCCUUCCGUUGUACAACAAGCGGAGAUUUCUUCCACACCACCACCACCGCCUACACCACCGCCACCGCCAACAACUCUUGCUCCAAGUUAUUCUGCAAAAACUAAAAAAUCUCCGCCUUCGAGGCCUCCACYUCCUAACUCUUCCAAGGCGGGCCAAGUACAACCGCUUCCUUAUACACCUACAACAGGAUCUCCGGGUUCUUCACUUCCUUCGCCUCCUCAGUCAGAAGCAAGUAGCUUUACUCCUCCUCCUCCCCCUCCACCACCACCCCUUCCACCUGUAAAGUGAGCUCUGUAGAGAAUUCAAUAUAACUUUAACUCUAUUGCUAAAAUAAUAGAUAAUAAUUUUUUAUUAUCAAUGAAAUAAUUGAGAAAAUUAAAAAUACCGAUAAUAGGUGGGAAUGUUUUACUCUUCCUAGUUUAAUUAAACUGCUYGAUUUCUUUUGAUUUCUUUUUUCUUUAUAUGCUUUUCCUUUUCCAAAUUUUCAUUUCAUUCCAUUUUCAUUCCUUUCCCGUCUUUUGUUUCUUUUCUUUAAUUUCUUUUUCUUUCCGUUUCCUGUCAGUUUGUCCAGAGACAUUUGAUGAGUUUGGGACCUUUUCAAGUAUUCAUCGUCAUUCAUAGACUCCACUAUAUCUGUCGUGAAUGAGCCUCUACUAAUUUUCCGACUAUCGUUAGAUGGGGCAGAAUUAUUGAUUAUUCCAGUCUGAUUCGAAAAGGAAUCAUUGGCUUUAUGAUUAUCGUGGAAAGAUUCAUCCUCAACUUCUUUCAUCGCGCUUGCUACAACGCAACGCAAUCUAAAUCGACUUCUCCUUUGUUAUCAAGGGAAUGACCAGCAUGUCUACCCUCGAGCGAAAAUUCUACAGUACCUGCUACAGAUUUACUAACAUUGCAUAAGUCGUCAUGCGCUGAUUUCUUCUUUGCAACAAUUGAUGACACAAAUCUGUUAUGUUUUGCAUAGCAAUAUGGAAAACUGUUCCGAUGUGCAGACAUUUCUCCACUUGUUCCACAUACUUGAUAAUGAUUAACGUCAUCGUCUUCUUCUGCUUCUAUUGAGCUCAAAACGUCGCAUACCAAGUCAACAGCUGCCUGUGAUAGCUGUCUGUCUUCCUCCCCACAAAAUACAGGCUUUGAGGGAACAUCCAGACUUGUGUUCCUGUGAUCUGAAAUACUUCGAUUCUUCUUGUCUUUUCUGCUUUUCUUUGAGGCUUUUCUAUCGGUUGAAGAUUUGUUGUUUAUUUUGUCAUUCUUUUUGAUGCUGUUCCCUUUCGCAACCGGCAUCGCCUUUGAAUUAUGCAUUUCUUUUUUUGUGUUUUUGUUGACAGAAAAAUCACUGGUGGUUUUCGUGUUGCCAUUAUAAGACUACGACAAAAAAUUAAAUUCAGUUCAAAUUAACCAGACUUGAAUGAACAUGUCAAAAUACAAAYACCUUUGAAAAAGCGACUCGCUUUUUGAUGUGGAGUUUUGAAUUUCUUAAUUCACCAAAUCACGGAAUUAAUUUCUUUAGAACUUUACCUUCAUUUCGUGUGUGGUGGGUGCAAUAUGUUUUGCAUAUGAUUGCAUUUUUCACUCUUGAAAGCAAUCUCGAAUGGUGUUAAUAUUUAGGAAAUGAAAGUUUCACUGUGACGUAAUGAAACAAAUUGAAAUGCGCGCGCGUCAAAGCCCAAAGAUGUGUCGCAUUACUUUAAUGAAAUGACAUUAUUAUAUAUGAGGGCAUCAAUUUAGAUCAACCAAACGGCUCAGUUUUGAAGGUUUGAACGCUGCAGGAAACCGGCCAGUCAAAAUUUGAUUUCUGGCAAAUACGAGCAAGCAAAUACCUUCUUGUCUACGAAGCCUGAAGAUGUUCGAUAAUAUCGAGCAAAGUAUGAAGUGAUAAAAAAGUUUUUUUGCGACUUCAACUUUCAAAAAUCCUGGGKUUUUUUUGACGUCUGUUAAUCAAUCAAAAACUCAUAAAUUUUAAAUGUCGUGAAAGGACACAAGGAAAAGUGCCCCCAGCUGCAUUUAUCUUGGUCGCAAAAAUGUGAAAAGCGCUACGAAAGUAAAAAUGGUAGAUUCCAUACAAGUGAAGUGAAUUAAAAAUCCGAAUAACGGCAGAUUCGGGCCAGUGGCUGAUAGGUGUGAUAAAAAGUGGCCUUUAAAUAAAUAAAUAAAAAUUAGUAAUGUUAUAUAUGGGGGAAGUGAUUGUGUUUAUUAAAAAAGCCUUAAUGA